AUGGCGCCCGCCCCAGCACAGAAGGAGACGCGUAUUGCCAUCGUCAACUCGGACAAGUGCAAGCCCAAGAAAUGUCGUCAGGAAUGUAAGAAGUCGUGCCCAGUCGUCCGUAUGGGCCGACUGUGUAUCGAGGUGACACCAUCAAGCAAGAUCGCCUUCAUCUCUGAAUCCCUCUGCAUCGGUUGUGGUAUCUGCCCCAAAAAGUGUCCCUUCGAGGCUAUCAACAUCAUCAAGCUCCCCACCAACCUCGAGAACGAGACCACCCACAGAUACAGCGCCAACUCGUUCAAGUUGCAUCGUCUCCCUACUCCGCGUGCGGGUCAAGUUUUGGGUCUCGUCGGCACCAACGGUAUCGGCAAGUCCACUGCGCUCAAGAUCCUCGCGGGCAAGCAGAAGCCCAACCUGGGUCGAUACGAUGACCCUCCCGAUUGGCAAGAGAUCCUCAAGUAUUUCCGUGGCUCCGAGCUCCAGAACUUCUUCACCAAGGUGCUUGAGGACAACAUCAAGGCGCUCAUCAAGCCUCAGUACGUCGACCACAUCCCGCGUGCCAUCAAGGGCAAGGCCAGCGUCACACAGCUCCUCGACGGCAAGCUCGAGAAGGACAACAAGCAGAUGGUCAUCGACAUGCUCGACCUCAAGGAGGUACUCGAGCGAGACGUUCAGAACCUGUCCGGUGGUGAGCUGCAGCGAUUCGCCAUCGGCAUGUCAUGCAUCCAGAACGCCAACGUGUACAUGUUCGACGAGCCCUCAUCGUAUCUCGACGUCAAGCAGCGUCUCAACGCGGCGCGAAUGAUCCGAUCCCUCCUCGACUCCAACACCUACGUCAUUGCCGUAGAGCACGACUUGUCCGUCCUCGAUUACCUAUCCGAUUUUAUCUGCUGUCUCUACGGCGUUCCGUCCGUCUACGGUGUCGUCACCGUGCCAUCACCGGUACGUGACGGCAUCAACAUCUUCCUGGACGGCUACAUUCCAGCAGAGAACAUGCGUUUCCGCGAAGAGUCGCUCAGUUUCAAGAUCGCCGAGACGGCCGAAGAUGAGGUGCUCGACAGGACCCCCAAGUACGUCUGCCCACCCAUGACCAAGACGCUCGGCAACUUCAGCCUCAAGAUCGAAGGUGGUGAAUUCAGCGAGUCCGAGAUCAUCGUCUUCCUCGGCGAGAACGGUACCGGCAAGACGACGUUCGUCAAGAUGCUUGCGGGCAAGCUCGAGCCCGAUCCGGGUGCCAAGAAGCCACCUCAGCUCAAUGUCUCGCUCAAGCCUCAGACGAUCGCACCCAAGUUCCAGGGCACCGUCCGCAUGCUUUUGCUCAAGCAGAUCAAGGCCGCCUUCAUGCACCCGCAGUUCCAGACCGAUGUCGUCAAGCCCAUGUCGCUCGACCCCAUUAUCGACAACGACGUCCAAACGCUUUCCGGUGGAGAGCUGCAGCGUGUCGCCCUCGUCCUCGCGCUCGGAAAGCCCGCCGACAUCUACCUGAUCGACGAGCCAUCCGCCUACCUCGACUCGGAGCAGCGUAUCAUCGCAUCCCGCGUCAUCAAACGCUUCAUCAUCCACUCGCGCAAGACGGCCAUGAUCAUCGAGCACGACAUCAUCAUGGCCACCUACUUGGCCGACCGAGUCAUCGUCUACGAGGGUCAGCCGUCCGUCAGUGCGACGGCCAAGCGACCCGAGUCCUUGUUGACCGGUAUGAACAGCUUCUUGGCGACAUUGGAGGUGUCGAUGCGUCGUGACCCCACCAACUACCGACCACGCGUCAACAAGUUCAACUCGAUCAAGGAUAAGGAGCAGAAGGCGGCGGGUCAGUACUUCUUCUUGGAGGAUUAA